GCGGAGGCCGAGGCCAGUUCCUCCGAUCCAGUCGCGGUGGCCGCCGUCUGCACAGUCGCAGCCGCCUCCCGCCAGCUCGCCCCCGGGGAAAGGAGAAGCGCGCCAGCUCGGGCGUCCCCGCCCCAGCCUCUACCUGCAACCAUGAACCCCAACUGCGCGCGGUGCGGCAAGAUCGUGUACCCCACGGAGAAGGUGAACUGCCUGGAUAAGUUCUGGCAUAAAGCAUGCUUCCAUUGCGAGACCUGCAAGAUGACACUGAACAUGAAGAACUACAAGGGCUAUGAGAAGAAGCCCUACUGCAAUGCACACUACCCCAAGCAAUCAUUCACCAUGGUGGCUGACACUCCGGAAAACCUCCGCCUGAAGCAACAAAGUGAGCUGCAGAGUCAGGUGCGCUACAAGGAGGAGUUUGAGAAAAGCAAGGGGAAAGGCUUCAGCGUGGUGGCAGACACACCUGAGCUGCAGAGAAUCAAGAAGACCCAGGACCAGAUCAGCAACAUCAAAUACCAUGAGGAGUUUGAGAAGAGCCGCAUGGGCCCCAGUGGGGGCGAGGGGCUGGAACCCGAGCGCCGGGACUGCCAGGACAGCAGCAGCUACCGGCGGCCCCAGGAGCAGCAGCAACCACCACACCACAUCCCAACCAGUGCCCCGGCUUACCAGCAGCCCCAGCCGCAGCAGGUGACCCCAUCCUACGGGGGCUACAAGGAGCCUGCAGCCCCAGUCUCCAUACAGCGCAGCGCCCCCGGCGGGGGUGGGAAGCGGUACCGUGCGGUGUAUGACUACAGCGCCGCGGACGAGGACGAGGUCUCCUUCCAGGACGGAGACACCAUCGUCAACGUGCAGCAGAUCGACGAUGGCUGGAUGUAUGGGACCGUGGAGCGCACGGGCGACACGGGCAUGCUGCCGGCCAACUACGUGGAGGCCAUCUGAGCCCCGCGGCCCCCUCCCUCCAUCUUCAGCGCAUUCCACCGCAUCGCAUCCCUCCGGGGGCCUCACCCGCCCACCCUUCAGUGUCUCUUUUUUUUAAGAUCGGCGACAGCUUGUUUAUUCCUACCCCUUCUCCAGCUUCUUUUGCCAAUCGAAGCCUUGUUCUGCCACUUUCUCGGGUUCUUUCAUCUAGUAGGUUCCCCCCCCCCCCACUCUACUGACUUCUUUGUUUCUCUCUGGAUAGAAUAGGCAGGGUACCCUGGUAGGGCUGGGGCCUGGUCAGGAAAUGUGUGGGCUCCUAGCCUCACUGCCCCUCUCUCUUACCGUCCUGCCCAGCUCCUCAACCCAGACAUUCCAGGGCUGGGGUGAGCCCCAGCCCCCCACCCGACCCCCCCCCCCCCAGGCUCCGAAGCAGAACUCUGCACAUUCCCCUGAGAUGGGGCUGGGAGGCUCUGUUGUUAUGUGGGGACCUGUGUAAUAGGCUUGGCCUCUCUUCCUCAAAGAGGGGGCUCCCUGGCCCGCCUCCGGGGCAACGGAAGAAUAGAGUUCCCACUUUGGAGAUGAAUUCCUGCCCCUAUGUGUGCUCCUGCUUGGGCCCACACAGACCUGUGGUGGGCACAGCUGGGGCCAGGUUCUUCUCCUUUCUUCAUUUUGGGGCCAGGCACAGAACACAGGGAAGUGGUGUGCGCCCCCGCAGCUCCGCUCGCUGCCCCCACCUCCAGCGAUGGCGUCUCAGUCGCCUCCCAGGCUGGAAGCCAUAUCCCAAAGGGAUAGAGGAUGUGGCUGCCUGUGGCGAGGAUCCCGGUUCAGCUGGGCCUCUCCUUGUGGGGAGACAUCUCAGCCUCCCAUGCCCUUCAACCCUCUGCCCAGUGCCAGACAGUCUUGGAACUGUGCCUAGCCAGGAGGGGGCCAAUGGGGACCCAAGCAAGACUGCAGGUGUCUGUGAUGAGGGUGAAUAGGUGAGAAUGAAAAGGCAGGUGUGUCUGGGCUUUGUGGACAGACAGACAGAAAGCCACCUCUCCCUUUAUCCUUUGCAGGCAAGGUGCUGUGCGGAAGUUAGGGCUGGUUCUGGGCUGGGCGGGGCCUAUGGCUGAGCUGUAGGCAUUUUCUCUUCCCUAUCUUUAGACCUAGAGUUGCAGGGUUAGGGUACCUGAAGGACCUGGGUCCCUCAUGCCAUGGUGCCUCACUUAGGGCUUUCCCAUCUCACUUCCAUAAAGCCCCCCUUGUAGCCAGGAAGAGGGUCCCAGGGUUACAAAACUGGAAGCACUGACUCUGGGCUGAGAGAGGGACAGAUGGUGCUAUGUCCGUCUGGGGACAAGGAUAGCCUGUGCUUGGCUUUCCUCAUCUCUCAUGUUUUCUUGUCACCCCUAAGGUCUCCCUCUCCCCUCUUCACCCCGAGUCCAACUCUAGUACCUUCCAGGUGAGGCCUGGGCCGGAAGGGCGUGGCCUAUUCUGCCAUUUCAUCCUAGCAGCCCUACAAAUGGCUUGUCAGUCCACCUGGGAAUACUCCCUCAAUGCCACCAGUUGAGGAAAUGGCCUUGGGAGGAAUUCCUGCCUGAAAUGUCUCUUUUCCUUUCAGGCCCUGGCUGAGGUCAGGACAGGUAGAAUAUUCUACUGGGGUAUUGCAGGGUGUGGGGGGUGGGGAGUGAGGGCAGCUGAUGCCUUGGGUGACGCAGUUGUCCCCAUGGCACCGAUCCAUUCCAUUUUCUCUUGAUCUCAAAGCACAAUGCGGGUCUGGGGGGGACAGGUCCGGGAAAAGCCCCAGGCUGGACAACCUGAAGUUGAGAGGAUCCUGAACCCAUGUGGGAGGAGCCAUGUCCCGUUUCCACUCAGCUGACCCCCUGCCAGAACAGGGCAAGCCAGUUGUUCCCUCUAUUCUUCCCAUCCUAAAAUGGGGAGAUGCCUUCUCCCACUCCCCCAUAUCCAGAGAGGAGGGGCCGUCACACUGGUGCUGAGGGACGCAGGGCUGCUGGAGUCCACGUUCCUUUCCAGAACCAUCCACCCCUACAAGACCACAGAGCCCCGAGGGCUAGGCUGAGCCCUUGGUCUCUGCCUCCCCUCAGUCUCAUCGCAGAAGAGAAGACACCUCAGCUAGAAUGUGAACUUAAUUUUUGUGGACCAAUCCUCCAGUGCAAGAAGUCCAAUGGCGAGAAGCAUGGGUUCUCCCAGGAGACACUGCUUCCUGCCUGCCCCACCCCUCCCUCCAGGGAAAACUUUUAUUGCUUAGUUUCUGCCUUUUCCCCUUCACAUAUGCACUUUUGGGCCCCUUUUUUUUUUUUUAAUAUAUAUAGCUGGAAAACAAAAGGAAACAAUGUACCAUCCCCAGAAGCCUGUAUUUAAAAAGAAAUAGACGUGACCCUGUGAAAAUGGCCUCUGUCCAAACAUUUCAUCCAUGUGUGUAUGUGUGUGUGUGCGUGUGUGUGUGGGUGCGUGUGUGAGAAGCUACCCACUCAUCUUUUAUACGGGGUUGUCUUUCCUUGGUCUGUUUGAUCCCCGCCCUUGUGAGCUUGUGCUUGGGAUCAGAUCUUUCUGGCCUGUUAUGACUCUGAACAUUGACUUGAACCACACCUGAAUCUUUUUCCUGGUGACUCAAAUAAAAGUCUAAUUUUUACCUGCA